UUCUCUAUUCAAAGAAUUGUUGUGAAUAUCGUUGAGCUCUCCGAAAAUUCUCUCUAAAAGUUUCUCUCGUUUUCUCGUUGAUUCUCGCUCGUCCUAGAAGGAUUGUCGAUGGCGGAAGUUCAGAUGGCUGAUGCGGAGACGUUCGCGUUCCAGGCGGAGAUUAACCAGCUUCUCAGCUUGAUCAUCAACACUUUCUACAGCAACAAAGAGAUCUUCCUCCGUGAGCUCAUUAGCAACUCCUCCGAUGCACUUGACAAGAUCAGAUUCGAAAGUUUGACUGACAAGAGCAAGCUCGAUGCUCAGCCGGAGCUUUUCAUCAGGCUUGUGCCGGAUAAGGUGAACAAGACCCUGUCCAUUAUCGACAGUGGCAUUGGGAUGACCAAAGCUGAUUUGGUGAACAACUUGGGAACAAUUGCGAGGUCUGGAACCAAGGAGUUCAUGGAGGCACUCCAGGCUGGGGCCGAUGUCAGCAUGAUUGGUCAAUUCGGUGUUGGUUUCUACUCUGCGUACCUUGUCGCGGAGAAGGUCGUCGUGACCACAAAGCACAACGAUGACGAGCAGUACGUCUGGGAAUCUCAGGCUGGUGGUUCCUUCACUGUCACAAGGGAUGUUAGCGGUGAACCGCUUGGUAGAGGAACUAAGAUCACCCUCUUCCUCAAGGAGGAUCAGCUCGAGUACUUGGAGGAGAGGAGGAUCAAGGACUUGGUCAAGAAGCACUCUGAGUUCAUCAGCUACCCGAUAUACUUGUGGACUGAGAAGACAACCGAGAAGGAGAUCAGCGAUGAUGAGGACGAUGAACCGAAGAAGGAGAAAGAAGGGGAUGUCGAGGAGGUUGAUGAGGAGAAAGAGACCAAGAAGAAGAAGAAGAUCAAGGAAGUCUCUCACGAGUGGCAACUCAUCAACAAGCAGAAACCCAUCUGGUUGAGGAAGCCAGAAGAGAUCACCAAGGAGGAAUACGCUUCCUUCUACAAGAGCUUGACCAAUGACUGGGAAGAUCACCUCGCUGUCAAGCAUUUCUCCGUGGAGGGUCAGCUCGAAUUCAAGGCCAUUCUGUUCGUCCCUAAGCGGGCACCGUUCGAUCUUUUCGACACGAGGAAGAAGCUGAACAACAUCAAACUAUACGUGAGGAGGGUGUUCAUAAUGGACAACUGCGAGGAGCUAAUCCCGGAGUAUCUCAGCUUCGUGAAGGGAGUCGUCGACUCGGACGACUUGCCGCUCAACAUCUCUCGUGAAAUGCUGCAGCAGAACAAGAUUCUCAAGGUGAUCAGGAAGAACCUCGUGAAGAAAUGCAUAGAGAUGUUCAAUGAGAUAGCCGAAAACAAAGAGGACUACAACAAAUUCUACGAGGCCUUCUCCAAGAACCUGAAACUGGGUAUUCAUGAAGACAGCCAGAACCGAGCCAAGAUAGCCGAACUUCUCCGGUACCACUCCACAAAGAGCGGUGAUGAAAUGACGAGCCUUAAAGACUACGUCACAAGGAUGAAGGAAGGACAAAAGGACAUCUACUACAUAACCGGCGAGAGCAAGAAAGCGGUAGAGAAUUCCCCAUUCUUGGAGAGACUGAAGAAGAAAGGAUACGAAGUCCUGUUCAUGGUGGACGCCAUCGACGAAUACGCCGUGGGACAGCUGAAGGAGUACGAUGGGAAGAAACUCGUAUCCGCCACGAAAGAAGGGCUGAAGUUGGAAGAUGAGAGCGAGGAAGAGAAGAAGAAGAAGGAAGAGAAGAAGAAGUCAUUCGAGAAUCUCUGCAAGACGAUGAAGGACAUUCUCGGGGACAAGGUGGAAAAGGUGGUCGUCUCGGACAGGAUAGUGGACUCGCCGUGCUGUCUGGUGACGGGAGAAUACGGAUGGACGGCGAACAUGGAGAGGAUAAUGAAGGCUCAGGCGCUGAGAGACAGCAGCAUGAGCUCGUACAUGUCGAGCAAGAAGACGAUGGAGAUAAACCCGGACAACGGGAUAAUGGAAGAGCUGAGGAAGAGGGCGGAGGCGGACAAGAACGAUAAGUCGGUGAAGGAUCUGGUGAUGUUGCUGUUCGAGACAGCGCUGUUGACGUCAGGGUUCAGUCUGGAGGAUCCGAACAUGUUCGCGGGUAGGAUACAUAGGAUGUUGAAACUGGGACUGAGCAUCGAGGAGGAGGACGAGAAUGUCGGGGAGGAGGAUAUGCCGGCGUUGGAGGAAGAUGGUGGCGAGGAGAGCAAGAUGGAGGAAGUCGACUAAUGGACAUAUGGAUGGGAUGGGUCAGUGUCUCUUUUGGCAAGUCAAAGAUGUUUUGUUCUGAAGUUGUGCGUCUUCUUUCUGUCCGUGUUUCUGUUCUGUGUUAGUGUCGGAGUGUCUGUGUAUCUGAGUCUUUGUUUUUUUUUUUUUUGUGUGUGAGGUGGUGUCCCAUAUCUGUUCUCGAAUGGUUAAAAAACCUACAUCGGAAGAAAAUUGAA